AUGGAUAAAUGGGAAAUUCCAUCUUGUUGUAUUUGUUACGAAAGAUUGUUGACUAAACUAACUCUUCUUCCAGAUUGUGGACACAUUUACCAUCAAGAAUGUUUACAAUCAUGGACUGAUAAGAUUGGUUUAACUAAUCUGAAAUGUCCUCUGUGUAGGACUAAUGUUGUCAACAAUAUCUAUCCAUUAAAUUAUACAAUUACAAAAAUUGAAGAAUCAAACCCUAAACACUGUAAUGGUGUUGAUAAUGAUAAAUCAAAAACUGAUGUUGUUUAUUCUGCACAAAUUAAAUCAUAUCAGGAUGAAAUAGAUGACCUGAAAUCAAGGUUAUCGACAUCCAAAGAGGACCGAAUCGAAUGUUAUAAUAAAAUCCAGGAUCUAGAGGAACAAUACAAAGUGUUGAAGGAUAAGUUGAAUAAGGAGUUGAAUACGAACGACCAAAUAGUUAAACAGAACAAAGAACUCGUUUUGUCAUCUGAAAAACAAAAGGCCACAAACUCUGCAUUGACCAAAAAAUUGAAUUCCCUCAAGAAUGAGUUGGAAAAGCUUAAGAACAUAUCGAAAUAUCUCGAGGAUCCUAAUGACUCUCAAAUACAGGAUAUUGCUGCCAUGGUUGAAAAAAUGACAUCUGAUGAAAAGAUUAAGUUUCUAAUGAAUCGUAUUGUUGAUUUAAACGGCAUUGUCAAUGAAUUGAAGGAUGCCAAUGAAACUGUGACAAAUGAAAGGGAUAAAAUGGACAAGUUAUAUAAGAAGAUGAAAAUCGCAAUCAGGGAGUGUGCCAAAUUACAGAAAAAAAAACAUGCUAAUGAAGACAAUGAAAAAUCGGAGCUACCAGAUUACAAUAGUGAGGACUUUGUAGAAUUCUUGUACAAUAAGAGGAUGAUGUUGGAAAAGGCCUUAAACAAACCUACGAAUGAGCAGGAAAGCGUCAAGCUUACAACGAACAUCUCAAAAGGUGCUGGGAUUAAGAAUACAACAUUAACACCAGAAAAAAGUAAAGCUGUGAAUUCAAAUGUGUCUGACACGAAUAAUGGAAACGACCCAAACAACCAAGGCUUGAGUAACAUUAUUAGGAAGAUGAAAACAAUAAAAAGCAGUACACCACCGCCGAGGUACAAGCAACAAAGCAGUGUAAAGCCGGUUAGAACUCCUGAGAAGCAAGCGCUAAGGGGCCUUUCCAACAGCAACACUCCAGAUCUACUUAGCGCCAAGUCUGAAAAUCAACAGACCACACCAGUCAGAUACAACAAGGCGAGGACGUUUAAAAAAUACAAGAGCAAUGGAAACGGUCCCCGUAACGAAAAAACAACAAAAAUCCACAGCUUUUUCAAGCAAACGAAGGAAGAUGUAUGGUAA